UCCCGGCAAAACCCAAUCAAUCACAAUUACAAUAUGACCCUCUUACCCUUCGUAUUUCUCUUACUCACCUCACUACCCUUUUCUGUAAUUUCGCAGCUGGACGAACGGUCAACACUCCUUAACCUGAAACGCAGUCUCGGAGACCCACCGUCUCUCCGCCUAUGGAACGACACAUCUUCCCCGUGCGACUGGUCGGAGAUUACCUGCGUCGCCGGAAACGUCACCGGAAUAAGUAUCAAGAACCAGUUCACCACCGCGGUUCCGACCAAUAUAUGCGAUUUCCCAAACCUGAAAACUCUCGACUUGUCGUCUAAUCGAUUCUCCGGAGACUUUCCGACCGUUCUCUACAACUGCACCAAGCUUCGCCAUCUCGAUCUCUCCCAGAACUACUUCAACGGCACUCUUCCCGCCGACAUCAACCGUCUCUCACCAGAACUCGAGUUUCUCGACCUCGGUGCCAACGCCUUCUCCGGCGAUAUUCCGAAGAAGAUAGGUAUGUUUUCUAAGCUCACGGUUUUGAAUCUCUACAUGAGCGAGUACAACGGUACGUUUCCGUCGGAGAUAGGAAACUUAUCGGAGCUCCGAGAGCUUCGUUUGGAGUACAACGAUAAUUUUUUGCCGGCGGAGAUCCCGGCGGAGUUUGGGAAGUUGACGAAACUCAAGUUCUUGUGGUUCUCGGAGAUGAAUUUGUUCGGAGAAAUCCCAGCCGUUGUUUUUGAGAAAAUGACGGAUCUCAAACACGUGGACCUGUCAGGUAACAACUUAUCGGGUCGGAUCCCAGACGUCUUAUUCGGGUUGAAGAACCUAACCAUCCUCUAUCUCUGCGUAAAUAACCUAACCGGCGUAAUACCGGCGACUAUCGCAAGAUUACCGGGACUGAAGGAGCUGAAACUUUAUACCAAUAAGUUAACCGGUGAGAUACCGGCGGAUUUCGGUUUGUACUCAAAUCUAGAGCGAUUCGAAGUGUCGGAGAAUCAGUUAACCGGGAAUCUACCGGAGAAUCUCUGCAAGGGAGGGAAACUUCUUGGCGUGGUUGUCUUCUCGAACAAUCUCACAGGCGAAAUCCCAGAGUCGCUCGGGAACUGUGGGUCACUCCGCUCGGUUCAGCUACAGAACAACGGCUUCUCCGGUGAGUUUCCUUCCGGGAUAUGGACUGCUAAAGAGAUGCAUAGUCUCCAAGUGAGUAACAACUUCUUCACCGGGAAAUUACCGGAGAAACUUGCUCGCAAGCUUUCAAGGAUUGAUAUCGAUAACAAUGAGUUUUCCGGUGAGAUUCCUCGGACAAUUAAUACUUGGUCUUCCCUUGAGGAGUUCAAGGCUCGAAACAAUAGAUUCUCCGGUGAGAUCCCGACGGAGUUAACGUCUCUGUCAAGACUGUCAUCAAUCUUCCUCGACUCGAAUAAUCUCUCCGGCGAGUUACCAGAUGAAAUCAUCUCAUGGAAGUCGUUGUCAACGUUAAGUCUAUCACAGAACAAACUUUCCGGGAAGAUUCCUAGAGCUCUAGGGUUGUUGCCAGGCUUGUCCGUUCUUGAUCUAUCGGAGAAUCAAUUCUCCGGAAAAAUCCCACCGGAGAUAGGGAAUCGAAAGUUCAUAACACUUGAUUUGUCAUCAAACAUGCUCACCGGAGAAGUACCAGACCAACUUAAUAAACUUAAGUACUUGACAAGUUUCUGGAACAACACCAAUCUCUGUGCAGACAAGCCAGUUGUUAACUUACCGGAUUGUCAGAAAAUGCUUCGGAGAUCAAAACAGUUGCCUGGGAAACUCCUUGCAAUAGUCAUUGCUGUUCUGCUCCUCGCCUUCACUUUUAUUGUCACGUUCUUUGUGGUUCGGGACUGCACAAGGAAACCAAGAAGAGAGAGAGGCUUAGAGACGUGGAAGCUAACUUCUUUCCACAGAGUAGACUUCGCGGAACACGACAUUGUUUCGAAUCUGAUGGAACACAACGUGAUAGGGAGUGGAGGAUCAGGCAAAGUUUACAAGAUACACAUCGGAUCCUCGGGUCAAUACGUAGCGGUGAAGAGGAUAUGGGACAACAAGAAGCUUGACAAGAACCUCGAGAAAGAGUUCAUCGCUGAAGUUGAGAUUCUUGGAACGAUCAGGCACGUGAAUAUAGUGAAACUACUGUGUUGUUUCUCCAGAGAGGAUUCAAAGCUUCUGGUGUAUGAGUACUUGGAGAAACGCAGCUUGGAUCAAUGGCUACAUGGUAAGAAGAAAGGAGGUGAUGUAGAGGCUAAUAGCUUGAAUUGGGCACAGAGGUUGAAUAUUGCGGUCGGUGCAGCGCAAGGACUUUGCUAUAUGCAUCAUGAUUGUACUCCUGCGAUCAUACAUAGGGAUGUCAAGUCAAGCAACAUCUUGCUUGAUUAUGAAUUCAACGCCAAGAUUGCUGAUUUCGGGUUGGCUAAAUUGUUGGUUAAGCAAAACCAACAACCUCAUACUAUGUCAGCUGUUGCUGGAUCCUUCGGUUACAUUGCUCCAGAAUAUGCAUAUACCUCAAAGGUGAAUGAAAAGAUCGAUGUGUAUAGCUUCGGGGUAGUUUUGUUAGAGCUGGUAACUGGAAAAGAAGGUAACAACGGAGAUGAACAUACAAACUUGGCAGAUUGGUCAUGGAAGCAUUACCAAUCUAAGAAACCGAUCUCAGAAGCUUUUGAUGAGGACAUUAAAGAUGCUUCUAACACGGAGGAGAUGACAACUGUGUUCAAGCUAGGUCUGAUGUGUACUAACACAUUGCCUAGUCACAGACCUUCCAUGAAGGAGGUCUUGUAUGUUCUUCGCCAACAAGGGCUUGGGGGGGCUCAAAAGACUGCAGCAGAGGCACCUGAGGCACCUCUACUGGUUAGUUUGUCCGGUCGGAGGACAAGUAAAAGGGUAGAAGAUGAAGCUUUAGGUUUUGUAUAAUAAUAAAUAAUCAAAUUUUGAGGUUGUUUUGAGGGUUUUUAACGCAUGUGUUGUGUGUAAACAAAGCAAAGUUUAAGGCUAAUUAACUAGAUAAGUUUUUAUGUUCAGAAUAAAUGAAUGAAAGUAGUCUU